GAUAUUGUUGUGAAUCUAGUUUUUUCUAAUAACGUGAUUUUGACAUCAAAGGAAAUUUCUUUCGCCUUUCGAUUUUAAGGCGCAGAAUCAAGAACUAUGUGGAAUCGAGAAAUAUUUUAUCUGACAUCCCUGGUAAACAUGAAAACAUAGCAAAUAACGAUGUUAGCUCUCCACAAAACCAUUAGAAAUGUCUAAGCUACCGAAAUCAGCACUUAGUUUCAAACAGUUUAUGCUGCGCCAGGAAGUCUUGAAGCUAUACAGAACAAUUUUUCGAACUAUAAGACAAGUUCCGGAUGCAUCCAGUCGUCAAGAGCUCUGCAACUGGGCUCGAGCUGACUUUCGCGCUAAUAAACACCUAACAGAAGAACUUGCGAUUAAAAUGUUAAUUCAACACGCCAAUCGAUCCUUAAAAGAAUUACAAACCAGUUUGGAUUUAAGCGGGAGUUCCAACAAUUCUAAAUCGAACUGAUAUAGGAAUUUGAAAAACGCAUCAGCUUCGUUCGGAACUGCUCCUUAAAUUGAGCAUUGUAUUUCACUCUUCACGAUUAUAGUUAUUAUUAGCAAAUAAAUAUUUUUAUUAUA